CUCAAGUCCAUCUUCAACUCACACACUAAGUACUAUUUUCAAUUUUUCAUCUUUUUUCCUUAAUAUUUUUUAAACAUGUCCGGUGUUUGGGUAUUCAAGAAUGGAGUUGUCCGCCUAGUGGAGAAUCCCGGUGACUGCCACGGUGCAACUGGCCGCCGUAAAGUGCUUGUGCACCUUGCAAGUAAUGAAGUAAUUUCAUCAUAUGCGUCCCUUGAGAGGAAGUUGUACUCUCUUGGAUGGGAGAGAUACUAUGAUGAUCCUGACCUUCUUCAAUACCACAAAAGAUCCACUGUUCAUCUCAUUUCUCUCCCAAAGGAUUUCAACAGGUUCAAGUCCAUGCACAUGUACGAUAUUGUUGUCAAGAAUCGAAAUGAAUUCGAAGUUAGGGACAUAUAGUAAUAAUUAAUUUGAGAUUUCCUCUAAUUAAUGUUGUUUGAUUGAAUUAGGUCGUUUCUUGUUUAAACUUUAAACUUAAGCUUUGCUUUGGGUAUUUUAGGUCAAAAGAGUGUUUUACUUUCUUAGGGUGAUCAGGAAAGCUAAUUUGUUAAGUGGGGUUCCUUGUUGUAAUUUUAAUGUCAGAAUCGUGUGUAAGAGUGAAGUUUGAUGACAAUGAAAAACUUUGUUUGGUUUGUAA